CUGGUAUUACACUCGGGAGGAACUGCAAAAAACUCCAUCCUUUUACGAUCAUAUCGAUCCAGAGACUGAGGCUCGCUACCGGCGUGAAGGCGCUCGUUUUCUGUUCGACGUAAGCAGUAAGCUCAAUCUGCGUUACGACACCUGUGCCACCGCUAUCGUAUUCUUCCAUCGGUUUUACAUGUUUCACUCAUUCAAGGCAUUCCCACGCUACGUAAGUGGUUUUCAUUAACUUCUUUCGAACCAUCAACUGAAGGUAACUGCAUCGUGUUGUCUCAUGCUGGCGGGGAAAGUAGAGGAGACUCCAAAGAAAGUUAGGGACAUUGUAAAGACCGCCCGACUACUGUUGCCCGAGGCGAUUUUUGAACAGUUCGGCUCGGACCCUAGAGUAAAUAGAAUUUCCUUCUUUCUUCAUCUUAGAUUUUAGGAAGAAGUUAUGGCCUAUGAACGAGUGCUACUCAAAACAAUUAAAUUUGACUUGCAAGUGUCACACCCUUAUUCCUACUUGUUGCAGUUUGUGAAACGGAUCAAAGGUAACCAAGAAAAAUUGAAGGAACUCGUCCAAAUGUCCUGGUCAUUCAUCAACGACAGUCUGGCCACCACACUUUGUCUCCAGUGGGAACCGGAGAUUGUAGCUUGCGCCGUUCUCUACCUGGCUACCCGCAUGAGCAAGUACACUAUCGAAGAUUGGGAGGGUCGCCAACCUGGACUACGUUGGUGGGAGAGUUUUGUCGAGGGUAUGAGUACUGAGAUGGAAGAUAUAUGCCACAAAAUCCUGGAUUUGUAUCCGGCCGAUGGGAGUGUUCAAGAGUCAACCGCAGAAUCUAACCGAUACGGUGCGGUGUCCACGUCAACUCCUAGUACCAGUUCAACCACAUUUACCAAUAUGCCGCCGUCAUCUCUCCCGAACGCCGGUACCGAUCUGGCUGCAAAGCGUCCGCGAACGAGUUAUCCCUACGGUCACGGAGCGCCUAUGCCGCAACAGUCGGUUACUCAACGUCCCACGUCUUCAUUCACUCAGCCCCCGCCCACGGUUGUUGCUGCUGACAGGGGAGCGGUUCACCCUUACGCAGCUCGUCCUGACCGUCGUUGAGUAGUAACCUCUUUCCCGGUGAAAUAACUAAACAGUCUUUCAUUGUCGAACGACGAUUGUGUGUUGAUCGUUUGCGUUUUAACUCGAUCGUGUUUUGGCAAAUAAACAUUUGU